UAAAAACACUUGAAGGGAAAAAACCUAAUUCUUUUCCCUAGAAAAAACACACAUAAAAACACUUGAAGGGAAAAAAACCUAAUUCUUUUCCCUAAAAAAAACUGGCACUAACCUUAUGUAGCGACAGGAAAUCUUGGUGGUCGUGGAGGUUCGAGUCACGAGUUGGUCGCCACUUUGUCGUAUGCGGUAUUAACUUGAUACGCACAAUGUGCGUAUCACACAGCGUAUGUACUCACAAUGAUACCCUUUCAAAGCCAAUGCCCAGCCGCUUAGUCGAGAUUAAUACUGAUAUUUUACUGUUUCUAACAAGGUAUUAAACAAUAUAAAAAAAAAAAUGACAUUCUAUUCAAUAAUAAUGUUUUUUUUUUCUUUUUUUUAUAGCUAACUACUAUUAUUUAACUAUUAUAUUAACAUUGGAGUUAAGAAAAUUUUAAUUUUUUGUUCUUAUACUAUGUACUAGGCCCCUCAAUACUGAAUUCUAUAGUACGAUAAUUUCUCAAGAGAUCCGUUUAAACAGUUAAAGAAAAGAAACUGAAUUGUUAGCCCUGAUAUGGACAGAAAUUGAUUUGACCAAUACAUUUCAGUAAGUUAACAUAGUGAGUAUUUAAUGUAUUGAUGUGAAAUAAUGACAAUCCUAAUUAAAACCGUAAACUGUAAUUUAUAAAUAAAUUAAAUACAACGGGUGUAAAUUGUAAUUGAUGAUAAUGUUAAUAUCGGUACUUACGUUUACACGGCUACUUCAAGACCAGCACUGAUCUGGAAUGUUUUUUGAUAAUAUUAUGUAAACGCACAACGAACAACAACUUUUAAAGAAAACUAAAUGAUCACUACCUUAUUAUGAACAAAUACUGUGCGACUCGUGAUGAACGAUACAGAGUGCACUGAGUACUAACACAGAAUAGUCUAAUCUGUACCAGCUAGAGUCUUUAACGCUAUACGGAGCGUGUGGUCAGUUCAUUUAUUAAUCCACGGGGCACAGCUACCUAUAUGAAAAUGUUUUAAUAGUAUAGUCUGUGCAGACUACAGUACGGUUAAGAUUUUUAGAACUUUUUCUGUACUUCUAAAAAUUGAUAAAAGAUAUUGUGUAACAAUGUUAUAACAGCGGCGUCCGCGGUCUGCGAUGGUCGGCUGGAGGUAGAACGCGGUGAAGGUAAAUAUUGAAACGCGGUUAACCGUGGUCUCUACUAUCAGUCCCGGUUCUACCACGGCGUUAUAUAAAAUCAGAUGGCUAAAACGGCGUCGGUACCUCAAUCAAAAGACGAUCAAUGUUUUUAUGCUUUUCAUAAUUCAUGAAUAGUGAAAACAAUAAGGAGUUAAUAUAUGUGCGCAUGGUGUGACACGUCCGGACGAAGCCAGAAACACGUUAUAAACAUUUGAUGACAUAAUUGCCAUAUUGCCUCAUAAUAUAAUAUCAAUCUAAUAACGAUUUUAUAAUUGUCAAACUGUUCACGGGAAACGUCAAACGGAUAAAAAUUGGAAUUUCGAGUCAGUAAUCAAAAUACAGCCGUUCGAUUGCAACUCGUGUCGAAAAGUGGUCAACUUCCAAACUGAAUUAUCCAUCGCAUAAUAAUAUGAUCUCUACAGCCCCAAAAUGUCCUCAAAGUGAAUCUGCUGGGAAAGGACUCGGAGAUAACGGUAUGGUCAACGGGAUUAAUGUUAAACACGAAUCCGAUGAAAUGAAAGGUUAUUGCCUUGAAUCGUCGAUACAAGAAACGAUACCUAUGAACGUGCAAGUUACAAACAACUUGGCUGACGAAAAAUGUGAUUUGUGUUUAAAUUCGUUUACAUCCGAAAUGCAAUUGAAACAUCAUAUUACAACAUCACACAAUGGUAUUUCUAAGAUCGAUGAAAUUACAAUUAAAAAUGAAGUAGAUAAUUGUUUCGAAGAUAACGAUAUGAUCAACGGGAUUAAUGUUAAAAAUGAAUCCGAUGAAGUGGUAGAUUAUUGCCUUGAAUCGUCGAUACAAGAUGAAGAAAUGAUACCUAUGAACGUGCAAGUUACAAACAACUUGGCUGACGAAAAGCGAUUUGUAUUUAGAAUCGUUUACAUCCAAAAAGCAAUUGAAACAUAUUACAACAUCGCACAAUGGUAUUCCUAUGAAUGAUGAAUGUUCAAUUGCAACAGAUGUGGAAAACAAAUUCAAAUUUAAUGAAACAGAAGACAAGCCAAGAAUUAAAAUUGAAGUAGGUGAGACUGACAACUAUAACUACAAGUCUAUAUUUGAAACAGGAGAAAAUAAUGAGCAAUUAAAUGAGCAACAACAAACAAUCGAUGGAAAUGCAUACAGUGUCAGAGAAACUUGCGUUGAUACAGAAGUAAAAGUCGAAAUUAAAAACAGUGGUCUUUCGGAUUCGCAAACAAUAAACUACAAGAAUUCUUUUAGUGACAAUGGUACGAGAAAUAAAGUGGAUAAAAAACUGACGGUAGUUAUUUCGAAUCGAAGAUUGAAACAGAUAACAAUCAACAGACAGAAACCAAGAAUAAUAGUAAAUAUAUAACAACAUGGCGGUUCUUUCAAUGUAAUUUAUGUCAAAAAAUAUAUAACACAAAAAAACAAAUAACUCUACAUGUAUUAAAAUCCCACCAAAGUUCAACGGACAACAUCAGCCGACCCGAUAAAUGUGACGUCACACUUCAUCAACGCAUGCACACCGGCAAAAAGUCUUUUAAAUGUAAUCUAUGCUCAAAUACUUUUUCUACAAAAUCUUCCCUUAUAAAUCACCAACGCGUCGUGCACACCGGAGAAAAGCCUUAUAAAUGCACUGUGUGCUCAAAUUCAUUUUCUCGAAAACUCCUACUCACAAGACACAAAUGCCGUGCACUUCAGUAUAAUGUCAGUCAAUGAUUUAUGUAAAACACAAACAAAAAAUUAGUUUUCAAAUGUACAAUGACAUUAUUAUUUACAUAACCUUAAACAUAAAAUACAGGUU